AUGCCUCCUCCUGGAGAAAGCACACGCGCCAACGGGGACGCCCAGACUUCUCAAAUUCCCACCGUGAAUGGAAAUGAGCAGACGAAAGAUGCGAGGAAAUCGAAACCUCGACCGGACUCCGCGCCUCGAACAACAACAAAACAGAACGUCGCAGAAGCAGGAGCCGGAGUGAAACUGACAGGCGCGCAAUUGAAAAAGCAGAAGGCUGCCGAAAAAGCGGCAAGGAGAGCAGAAAAGGUCGCCGAGAGGGGAGCACAGGCACCAACACAGGCUCAGGACGGUGUUCUGGGUGGUUCAGCAACGAAACCGGAGACGCAGAGGAGACCAUCGACGACGAAAAGAGAAAGUGAUACCGUUUCGCAUCACAAGAGGACUCCGUCGGCUGGCGGAAAGGCUCUGCCCAUACGUGGAGGUGUGCAACAACAACAGCAACCGCAAACGUCGACAGUUCCUGAGAAAGAGAAGCGACCUGAUCUCAAGCGCGUCACCAUGUUCUCACAUUUAUACCCGAAAGAACAGAAAGCCACUCUUUCAGGAUCCGGACGUGAAAUCCAUCCCGCCGUAUUGGCUCUCGGUCUACAACUCCGAGACUAUGUCAUAUGCGGAGGAAAUGCUCGAUGUGUCGCAACAUUACUCGCCUUCAAGAAAGUCAUUCACACGUACACGACACCCCCGGGAGUCGCCCUCUCCAGACAUCUUCUUACUCACCUGAACCACCAAAUUGCCUAUCUCCGCAACGCGAGGCCGCUGAGCAUGAGUCAAGGGAACAGCAUUCGAUGGCUCAAGAAUCUCAUCUCGACACAACCAGUGGAGGCCACCGACAGUGAAGCAAAACAAAGUCUCUGUCAGGCUAUCGACUUAUUUAUUCGUGAACGAAUCACAUUGGCCGACGAAGUUAUCGCACGUACAGCAAGCGAUCGCAUUGUCGAUGGCGACGUUAUUCUCACCUACGCGAAGAGCAGCAUCGUAGAGAAAACCCUCAUCACCGCACACCGUCAGGGCAAGAAGUUCAAAGUCAUCGUCGUUGAUUCGCGGCCGAUGUUUGAAGGCAAAAACCAGGCGAGAAGUCUCAUCCGUGCCGGCUUGAAAGUCCAGUACGCCUUACUUAGCGCAAUCGCGGACGUGGUGGACCUGGAAUCUGUGACCAAGUGCUUUCUAGGUGCGUCGGCUAUGUUGGGGAAUGGCAAACUUUUGUCACGCGCUGGUUCCGCAAUGGUCGCCAUGAUGGCGAAGGAAUCUUUGAAGAAUAAAACACGCAACGUUCCCGUCGUGGUGCUUUGUGAGACGGUCAAGUUCACCGCGAAAGCCGCGUUGGAUAGUAUCAUCAUGAACGAAGUAGGCGAGGCAGAUGCUCUGGUCGAGUCUGCUCAACCUGACAUUCUAUCCUCGACGAAUUCCCCACCGGCAGCCGCGCUAAAGGGUAGCACCAAAAAGCCUAAUCCAAAAGACAAAGAUGACGAUGACGGCGAUGACAAGAGCAGCAACAACUCGAAUACAGGACUGGAAGGCUGGAGGGGUCAGCCGGGUCUAUUCCUCUUGAAUCUCAUGUACGAUGUCACGCCGUCCGAGUUUCUGGAUCUGGUCAUUUGUGAGUUGGGUAGUCUGCCGCCUGGUGCAGUCCCGGCCGUUAAUGGCGUCCACGGUGAUGAUCAGGCUCUGGCAUGA